AUGCGUUUCUCCACCAUCUUCGUGGCAGCCGCCGCCGCCAGCGUCUCCUACGCCCAGGGCAUCGAAGACAUCCUCGGCGACCUCGCCAGCGACAGCGCCGUACAGGGCAUCGUGGCCUCGCUGGCCACCGACCCAGGCUUCCAGUCGCUCGCCUCGGAGCUCAUGACCGCCACCGGCACCGACAUCCUGACCAACUCGAUCCUGCAGUCCAUCUCCUCGGAGCUCGCCACCAACUCGGCCGUCAUGUCCGCCUCGUCCGCCCUGGAGACCAACUCCGACCUCAGCUCUCUGGCGUCCGAAGCCAGCAGCGUCGCCUCCUCCGCCUCCGCAUCCGGCUCCGGCUCCGAGACCUCCGCGACCGGCGAUUCCUCCCAGACGACCUCAAGCCAGACUUCGUCCGGCUCCAGCCCCGUCUCUACCGAGGACAGCGCCGCCGAUCGUUUGGCUCUGGGUGCCAUGGCCGCUGGCGCCGCGGGUGUUUUGGGCUUUGCUGCCCUUCUGUAA